UAAAUUGGUAUCUCGCAUUGAAGUGCCUUGCGCGUUUAGUUUUAGAAUUACAAGCCAGUAGAAAACGGAUAAAGACUCUGCAGAGUACGGAAAGAACACUGUUCAAUUCAAUCUCUUGACAGGUGCAGCAAGAUGGGGAAGCACAACAGCAAGAUGAGCCCAGAGGUGCUGGAGGACUUGACCAAGAGCACAGAGUUCAAUGAGGUGGAGCUCAAGCAGUGGUACAAAGGCUUCCUGAAGGACUGCCCCAGUGGUAUCCUGAACUUGGACGAAUUCCAACAGCUCUAUGUCAAAUUCUUUCCUUACGGUGAUGCCUCUAAGUUUGCCCAGCAUGCCUUCCGGACCUUUGACAAGAACGGGGAUGGCACCAUUGACUUCCGGGAAUUCAUUUGCGCCCUGUCCAUCACCUCACGGGGGAGUUUUGAGCAGAAACUCAAUUGGGCUUUCAACAUGUAUGACCUGGAUGGAGAUGGAAAGAUCACACGCAUGGAGAUGCUAGAGAUCAUUGAGGCAAUAUACAAGAUGGUGGGUACAGUGAUCAUGAUGCGGAUGAAUGAGGAUGGACUAACUCCACAACAGCGUGUGGACAAGAUCUUCAGCAAGAUGGACAAAGACCACAAUGAUGAGAUCACCCUGGAGGAGUUCAAAGAGGCCGCCAAGAGUGACCCAUCUAUUGUACUCCUAUUGCAGUGUGACAUGCAAAAGUAAGAAGGGAGAGAGGGGACAGAGAGGGAAAGAUGGAGAAAGGGAAUUAGAAAAGAGAGUGAGACUGUGUGUGUAAGUUAAACCGGAGAGAAAAAUGGAGAGGUGGAGGGAUGGAGAGAUGUAGAUUGGGUGGAGAGACAUUGUACAGAAAAGUGAAGAUAUGGAGAAAUAAAAAAAAUAGUGCUAAAAAGAGCAAAAAAGAGGGAGGGUUAAGGAGAAAAGAUGGAAAAUAUGACGUGGUGUGUGUGUGUGCGUGUGUGUGUGCGUGUGUGUGUAUGCCUAUGUUGCUUUUUGAUGUAAUGCCCUCUCACCCUCUUUUAGCUGAUUAAUAUAUUUGAGUAGGCUGGUCAUGUUCCCCCUGCCCCUCUCUCCCAACUAUAAGGACAUCAACUUAAGGCCAUUGUACAAUGAGUCUGUAUUGUUCGUCCGAAAUUGUUGCACUGUUGAAAAAAUCUCAUGUUUUGUCACAUUUGAACCCUGACUGAAUGAGGUUACUGCAGCUGUUUUUUUUUAAAAAUAUUAUUAU